AUGUCCAAUAGUAGAGUUGACUCUGGUGCAUUUUGCGAAAUAUGUAUAAAGUGUAAAGAGAGGUUACCGGGUAAUCAAUGGUGUCAACAAUGUGAGAGUACUUCCUUUAAAGGUGCUUUUAAAUCAUGGACUAGUGGUAAUCAUGAGUUGGAUAAAUUUAUAAGAAAAACGCAAUUGAAGGCUAUCGAUCGCGCUGAUUACUUGGAAUGGAUCCCUUAUGAAAGGAUUGAAGAUAUUAAAUUUAUCGCGUACGGUGCUUACGGUAGCGUUUCUUCUGGUACUUGGUUGGAUGGUCCAAGAUGGAAUUGGAAUGAUGUUUCGAAAUGUUGGGAAAGAACUGGUCCAAAAGAAGUUGCUCUUAAAACAAUCAAUAAUUCUCAUAAUUUGAAACCAUUUCUCAAUUGUUCAAUUGAAGGCAAUCGAAUUGUCCAUUGCUAUGGCAUUUCUCGUGAUCCUCAAACCAAAAACUAUAUCGCUGUUAUCGAAUAUGCAAAUAAUGGCUCGUUGAUUAAUUAUGUUUCUAAAAACUUUAAAACUCUCACUUGGGAUAAAAAAUUAUCUAUUCUAAGUGAUAUUAUUCAAGGACUUAAAAAUAUUCAUGAAGAAAACGUCCUCCACAAAGACUUGCAUGCCGAUUUUAUCAAAGGUUCCGGAGGUGCUCGUAAACAGAUUGAAGAAGCCGAAAAAAUACGUUUGGAAUUACAAUCUGAACAGUUUAUCAUAACAAGCCCUCCGGAUACACAUAAAGCAUAUUAUACCACCAGAGAAAUAAAGGUUAUACAUGUAUCUCCUACAAAAUUAAAUCUUGAAAUUUACAAUUUUAAACCAAAACUUAGUAGGAAGUUGAAGCUUAGUGUGAAAAAACCUGAACAAACUCUUGCAAUGUCAAAAGAAAGGAUUCAUUAUCAAAUGGAUUUUGAUAACAAACAAAAAUUUGAUCCUCUAAGUGACUUAAGUCAAGCAGCCCCUAUCGUAUCGCUACCCGAUACUUUUAAUAGCACUAGUUUGAAUCUUGAAUUGACUGAUUACACUAAAAAAUCGAAGCAAAUCAAAAAAGAAAUUGCUCUUGAGAAAAGUGCAUCAAAAUACUAUAGAUCAGAUUGUCGAU